AAAAUGAGGAAUGAAGUGGAGGAAUGAAGACAGACUAUCCGGACCUUGACAUUGUUAGCGGACCGCUAUGUGUGUAAUAGCCGCGCAUAGGAAAUUCGCUAUAGCAUUGGACAUGUUUUGGAGAGAGGCGGAUAUGUUAGGCUGAGCGUUGUCAUUUUACUUGCAGUCUUUGGUGUCUCUUCUGAUUCAGAAUGAUGGAGAUCUCUGUAAAGGUUUGGCCUCUGUUGGUGCUGUUUGUUGCAUGUUUAAAGAUAGUCACUUGCUACAAAAAUGGGAAAGUAGUAGAAGCUUGUGAGGACAUGAUUCCACUUCACAGCCAUCAUUCCAGCUCUGAACCUUCACCAUACAACAUCAGUGUGGAUAAGGUUAAAUUCAGCCCUGGCGGCCAGAUUAAAGUGACAUUAUCCACCGGUAGUUCUGACUCCAAGCUCUACUUCAGUGGCUUCCUCAUUCAAGCCCGAGACUUUGGGCAUCCUUCUGCUGGAGCUGUUGGCUCCUUUGCUCUCCUUGAACCUGCUGUGUCACAGCUUCUGCAGUGUAACAAUAUAGAGGGCUCUGCAGUGAGUCACACCAGUUCAACCCAUAAGACUGAAGUUCAGGUCCUCUGGACUGCACCGCAAAACUCUCCUUCUAAAAUCCGGUUUCAGGUGACCGUGGUUCAGAAAUACAAUUUGUACUGGGCCAGGAUCCUAGGUCCAGUAGUGUCUCUGAAUGACACAUCUCCUCUCCCACCACAGUCUACUGCUGGAGCUAAGACAACCACAGCCGCAACCUCUCUCUCCCGCCCUUUCAGCUCAGAAGGCUGUGGAUUUAAGAAGUCAUGUCUGAGAGACCCAGUUGGCUGUGACCCACACAGCAGUCCUCACUGUUACUUCCUGUCCUUCUGGACUGAAGACCAGAGUGUGGUGUUUGAACUCAGUGGGUUAGCUUCAGGUUAUGUCUCCUUUGCCUUAUCAACAGAUAAAUGGAUGGGGCAUGAUGAUGUCUACUUGUGUAUUAAUUACACCGACCAUGUGGACAUCAGUGCUGCUUAUGUUGUGGAAAGAACACAUCCAGUAACUUCUUCUGAGAAUGUUUUAAGAGACAUGGCAUGGAGGCUGUCUGAUGGAGUCAUCCAGUGCAGCUUCCGCAGAAACAUACGCAUCCCAGGCCGCAGCCAAAAUCGAUUUGACUUGGAUCAGACAUACUACCUAUUCAUGGCUCAUGGUCGUGUAGACAAUGGGCGAACCCACAGACAUGACCGGCAGCCCCUCAUUUCAGAAAGUCAGGUAGUUAUUACCGGGCCUCCAGAGGAUCUGGGAGGCUCUCGCUCUCCCUUGCUCAUCAAAUUUCACGGUGUGUUCAUGCUCAUUGCCUGGAUGACGACGGUCAGCACAGGAGUAAUUAUGGCCAGAUACUUCAAACCUGAUUGGCCUGAAACCACUGUGUGUGGACACAGGGUCUGGUUUCAGUUUCACCGAGCUCUAAUGAUCCUCACCGUCCUUCUGACAUGCACUGGCUUCAUAUUACCCUUUAUAUACAGAAGAGGCUGGAGCAAGCGUGCAGGAUCACAUCCUUACCUGGGUUGUACUGUCAUGCUUCUGGCUGUUAUCCAACCCAUCGUGGCCCUGUUUAGACCUGCAGCAGACUCCUCCAGGAGAUACAUUUUCAACUGGGUCCAUUUGGGCACAGGCACUGUAGCUCAGGUGAUUGCUGUUGUGGCCAUCUUCUUGGGCAUUCACCAGCAGGCCCUGCUGCUCCCUGCUCCCUGGACCACUGGCCUCCUGGCUGGACAUGUGGUCUGGUUUGUGCUGGCAGACAUAGUUCUGGAAGUACACAGGAGAGGGCUUUUCCCCACAGGGCAAUUUUUCAAAACCUUUCAAAUCUUCACUGAAAACAUACAAACUGAAGACAAAGAAGCGAUUCUGUUUGUUCCCUGUGAUAAUGAGAGCUACAUUAAGGGGACUUGUUUUAAAAAGCUUGUUUUAGUAAUCUACCUGUGUGGAAACUUUGUAUGUCUGACUCUUCUCUUGGGCACCAUCAGCAGGAUAUGACGUACAUAGACACAAACUCUGUGUGUCUUACGCCAGCUGUUGCACUGAAUCUGUCCCAUCAGAUGCUGAAGACUUUACAUUUUAGUUACCACAGAGUCUUUCCUUGGGCAGCUAAAGUCAGAGUGUUCCAAGGAGGACAGUGUGUCAACAUUUGAGUUUAGAUUCAAGAUACCAAAGAUAAUUUUAGGUGAAAGUAUAGAAUGCAAAUUUUUACAUUUUAAAUCAAUUUUAUAGUAAUUGAAUCAAUAUUUUUUUUUAAGUUUGAAUACUUAUACUUGAAUAAUUAGCUUCCACUAAUACGUGUAUGUAUGUGUGUGUGUGUGUGUGUGUGUGUGUGUGUGAAUAUGGACGAAAGUAUUGGAACAAAAUAUAAAAUAUGGACAAAAGAAACCUCUUAAUAUUUUUAAUUCAUGUGUUUCAUUCAGUUCCAUGAGUAAAAUCAAGCACCUAGCCAUGCUCUGCUUCUACAAACAUUUGUGAAAGAAUGGGUCGUUCUAAAGAGCUCACUGAAUUUGAGCAUGAUACUUUAACAGGAUGUCACCAUUGCACAAGUCAGUUCAUAAAAUUCGGUCCCUCCUAGAUAUUCCAUGGUCAAGUGAGAGUGGUAUUAUUGAAAAGUGGAAGUGUUUAUGAACUACAGCAACUCAGCCACUAAGUGGCAGACCACACACAGCAGAGUCGCUAAGUGCUGAGGUGCAUAAUGUCUAAAAGUCGCCAACAGUCCAGAGUUCCAAAACAAUUUUGACAUUAACAUCAGCUCAAAAACUGUUUGCUGGUGGCUUCAUGGUAUGGGUUUUCAUGGCCGAGCAGCUGCGUACCAGCCUUACGUUACCAUGCACAAUGCCAGGCAUCGGAUUGAGUGGUGCAAAGCAUGCUACCUCUGGACUCUAUAGCAGUGAGCAUGUGUUCUUUGGAGUGAUGACUCCUGUUUCUCUGCCUGGCAGGCUGAUGGAUGAGCCUGGGUUUGACAAAUGCCAGGAGAAUGCAACCUGCAUGAUGAGGUACCCACUGUUUGUAAAAGCAGUGGGCAGUGGUAGCUCAGUGGUUAAUGUACUUGACUUAUAAUCAGAAGGUUACCAGUUCAAGCCCCACUGCCAA